AUGCCUUCCGCACCGAAGGGGACCGACGCUCUACGCUUACCCAACAGAACUGCGGUGACUGAGGACAUACGGAAUAUUGUCAUCUAUGUGUGUUUCUCGACGCUGUUCAUCGCUUUCAUAAUCGUCUUCCCAGGGAUACGCAAAGAGAAGCUGUCAACAUUCGUCAGCGUCACAAUAAGCCUGCUGGUCGGGGCUGUCGUACUAACCUGCAUCUAUGGCAGCGAUUGGCAUGUGGCCAGCGCCGUGGUGUCUAGUCCCUACCGUGCCUUCUCCGCUGACCGCAUUUCCGCCCGGAUAGGCGUCCACAUAGGGCUGAACAGCGUCAACAUCACUUUGCGUGCCAUGCCGAGGUACAGCGAGAAGGAAGAGAUCAACUUCAACGAGAGGUUCACGUGGCGUAGACCGACGCAGGUCAAAGAAGACUACAGAGAGGCGCUGGUCAAAGGGCUUCCGUUCCCCAUCCUGACUAUAGCGGAGUACUUCAGCCAGGAUAUGGAAGGAUUCUGCUGGGGCCGUCGCUACCGCCUCGCGGGGCACUACACUUUCGUCCUUCUCGG